UUUCAUCAGAACUCUAGGUAAAAUAUGAUUUUUCUAAUUUUUUUCUCUCUUUUUUUGGCUUUUCUAAAGAUUGUUAAGAAGCCCAAAGUCGCACAAAAUUGCACCAAUUUACCAAAGAUGAGCGUUGUGCAACGAAAAAAAUUAUACAACUUGCUAUAAGUAUGAUAUUUUCAUAACUACAAUAUAGGAAUUUGUUUGGACCCAACUGAGUCAUAUGCUAACUUUAAUCCGCAAACUUAUAACUUCUUUGAAAAGAAAAUGUCAUAACUAUAAAUAUGGAUAGAUCAUGUAUGAUGUACCAAAGAAAAGUCACUCAAACCAGCUGAUGAACACAAUGGAAGAUCAUCACCAGCUGCACUCUCACUCUUUCAUGCCUCUUCUUUCCAGGGUCGAUCGCUUGGAUUCUGUGAUGAAAGAUGUAGAGAAGAAGAAGCACGAGGACUUUUCAGUCUGGAGCAAUGGCAGAAAACUAUUUGCCAGAAGAAAUAGCAGACAAGGUAUGCCAUUGACAGUCGCGACCAAGGAAGUUGGAUCCAAAGGUUCUUUGAUGGAUCGUAUCCGUUCUCUUGAAGAUCGACUUCUUCAGCUUUCCCAAGAGAUUGAUCAGGCUAGCAGCAAAGCAUCAAGCAGUUCCAGCUUACAGAGUACAUCUCUGUGGACCACAUCCUCUAGCUCAUGUGCUCAAUCCAAGAGUGAAUUACCAGUUAGUUCAUACCCUGCGUUUCACAUUCAGGAAUCCAAACUCCAGUGCCACGAAUAUUUCCAGAGAGAUCUUCGUGCUCCACGACAAAGGAUGAAGAAUCCAGAGACCGAUAGGCCGAAGACACUGAAACUGGGGAAAGACAAUACCAAAGAAACAGCAUGCUUUGAUGGACUGAAGAAGAAGAAGAGAUCUCCCUGUUGGCCACGCAUGAAAUUACUAGGCUGCUAGUUAACUAUUUAUUUCCUCCCUCAAAUAAUGCUCAGCAUGACUUUACAUGUCCAUCUGAUUGUUCAAUAUGUCUGUUUUGAAUAUUAGGACAAGUUCUAAAUAAUUUAAACGACAAACUACAAGAAAGUGCAUAAUCUACUCCAUACUCAAACUCUUAAAAUAUAUAUA